AUGCAGCCACUAACAUUCGCCGUCGCGGUCGUCGCCCUCGUUGGCUUCGGGCUGCUUUCGAUCUUUAACGCUCUCCAACGACGACAAGCAUGGCACAAGAACAAGUCCAGCGAGCCUCCAGGACCUGGCCUCAUCCCAUGGGUGGGACGUAUCCACGAUCUGCCGGUCGAGUACAUGUGGCUCAAGUUCGCCGAGUGGGCUAAGACAUAUGGUCCACUAUAUAGGACACAGAUGCUUGGCGACUACUUCAUCAUCAUCACCGACGAGAAGAUCGCUGAAGACCUGCUUGUCAAGCGAGGCAAGAUCUACUCCGACCGACCUCAGAUUCGAUCGCUCUUCGAUGCUAAGAGCACCAAUGGGUCGAUGGAAUACUUGCCUCUCAUGGGCAAGAAUGAGUACUGGGCACGUCAACGAAAGUUCACCCAUUCCUACCUGACUGAGGCUACCAACUCGCGCUACUACGGCAUUCUGUACCACGAGGCUAAGCGAUGGAACAUGCGUAUCAUCAACGACCCAGACAACUUUGCUUUCUACCUAGAGGAUAUGGCAGCCAAGGUCGCAACCUCGCUUACAUGGGAUGACCCAACCCUCAGCGAGUACUGCGACAAGAGCGCGUGGGGUCUCCUCACUCAGAUGUCUCCCGCCGGCCCGCUCACCAACGUCGUCACGCCUCUAUGGCACCUGCCGUUCUUCAUGAACCCGUGGAAGAUUGCCGAGCGCAAGCGCCACGACGAACAGCAGGCAUGGUGGAUGGAGAGACUUACCACGACCCGUGCAUUGAUGGCUGAGGGCAAGGCACGACCUUCGUUCACCAGGACUUACCUCGAGGGUGAGAAGACUGGUGGUCUUUCCGGUGACUACGAGGCUUCUUCGGCUAUUGGUAUGAUGGCGCUGGUCGCCAUCUUUACUGUCGCUGGACCUCUCUACUACUUCCUCCUCGCUAUGGUCCACCACCCUGAGUGGCAGAAGAAGGUGCAGGCCGAGAUCGACGAGCAAUGUGGCGGUCGCAUGCCUGAGCUUACCGACAUGCCCAACCUUCCUGUGCUCCGCGCCUGUAUCAAGGAGACGAUGCGAUGGAGACCCAAUGUACCAACUGGUGUUGCGCACGAGUUGAUGGAGGAUGAUUUCUACCAAGGCUACUUCAUUCCCAAGGGCUCCCGACUAUUGCCCCUCGACUGGGCUUUCCUACGAAACGAGAAGAAGUAUCCCGACCCUGACAACUACCGACCAGAGCGCUGGCUCGAGUCGAGCUGGCCCACAUACCAGGAGCCUCUCAGCCAGUUCCCAACGAUCAUGGGCAUGACAUCCUUCGGCUGGGGUCAACGUGCAUGCUUGGGUCAGUCUCUCACUCGUGAUGAGACACUCAUUGCAUGCGGUGGACUUGUGUGGGCAUACAACAUCAUCAAGAAGAAGGGUCCCGACGGUCAGAUCAUCGAGCCAUCGAUCAGCAAGUCCAACUCGCUUCUCAUUGUCAAGCCCGACCCAUACGACUUGGCUUUCGAGCCAAGAAGUGCAGCUCGCAAGGCAGAGAUCAUCAGCCAGUGGGAGGAGAGUGAUCUCCAGGAUCGCACAGAGCGAGCCGACUUCGCGAAGGCUGCAGAGGAGAAGAUGAAGGCCGUGCCUGUUGCCGCUUAG